CAGUAUUUUGUGUUCCAGUAUUUUGCGUCUCCAUGGACGUUAACUAGACGAAAAGCCAAAAAAAACUGCAACUGCUAAUGCUGAACGUGGUCAACGAAUUAAGUCAUGGCAUUUAAGAAAAUCAACCCAUUUAACGUGGUAUGUUUGUGGACUACAAGCCGACUUUUAUCACUGUUUUUCAGCAUUUAAGGCGAAGACCAAGAUCCGUGGAACGAUGACAUUUUACAACGACAUUUAUCCAUUUUACCAUGUGCAAAGAACGUCUUUCAUCUUCAACCUCGCCCUACUCACGGUCAUACUGGUGUUUGUGGUCUUUGCUAUUAUCUUCCUUCUCAUUCUUCCAGGAAUACGCGGAAAAUCGAGAUUGUUCUGGAUGUGCCGAGUCCUUAUCAGUUUAUUCAUUGGCGCUGUGAUAGUUGCUGUCAACUUCACAAGUGACUGGGCUGCAGCCAGCAUGAAGGCCAACACCACAUACAAGUCCUUCAGCAGUGGUAUUGUCAAUGCUGAGAUUGGACUACAUGUAGGACUCUCUGGAAUCAACGUCACGCUAAAAGGAAACCCAGUGAUGCAGCUCAAUGAGACCAUAGACUACAACGAAAUGUUCAAGUGGACAGACAGUUUAGACGAGGACUACACAGAGGCCCUUGAGAGGGGCCUUCCCAACCCCAUCCUGUAUAUUGCAGAGAAGUUCACCGCAGGCAGCCCCUGUGGGCUCUACUUCCAGUACAGAUACUCUGGAACAUACGCGUCUGCUACCAUGUGGACAGCAUUCUGUUGUUGGCUGGUUGCCAACGUGCUCUUCUCGAUGCCUGUGAUCCUAUACGCCGGGUUCAUGAUGGUGGCCACAGCAGCCUUCAUAUUCUUCUCCCUGGCCUCGUUCUCCACCAUACAGAACCUCCCUGCAUGUGUUUUCGCUAUAGGAACGGCCUCCUUUGAGAUGGGAUAUAGCCAUUCAUUCUGGCUGGCACUGGCCAUAGGUGUGCUGUGUGUUGUUAUUGGCCUGCUGGUGAUUCUGCUGGACUGUCUGAUCCCAGAGAAGAUGAAGGAAGCUUUCAGUGUGGAUGUGGAUGAUGAAGAUGAUGACAAUUGUUUGACGGAAGGCUACCUAAAUUCUAAUUUUCUCGAAGGAGUGACUACUAUCACCUUCACUGGGAACAAAACGACAGAAGAUGCAUCUGACAAAUUAACUUUGCAGUCUUAA